AUGGGGUUUUCUCCAAAACCAUCAUCCAAGAAAGAUUUCCGAUCCAUUACUUUGCCAUUCAGAUCACAUCCAUGCACCUACAGAAUCGACAAAGUGCUGAAUAAAGUUAAAACAUGGGAGUCCACAUCAUCGUUAUCGAAUCCAUCUGCCGAAAUCAUUUGCAGCGAUUCCAGCAAUCAGAACAUGAGAUGGACGGAUGAGUUACUUGAUCGAUCUGUUAUUUUCUUGGAUAUUUUCAGCGAUAUAUAUGAUCUCAUGUUGCAGACAAAAGAACAUGUGAGGGAUCUUGGGUGUGAUCUAAGGAGAAAUGGUGGUCCCAGCAUCGACAUCAUCAUUGACAAUAACACUGCGUUCAGAAGGAAACUGAGAAAAGACAUUCACUACUACACAAUAGACCUUCACCCACGAAAAUUACCCACGGACAAAAUCCGUGGAUUGCCCACAAAAAGAAAUUUGUGGAAAAUCCGUGGGAACAAUAUCGCCAUCACCCACAGCUUACCCAUAGAUUUUGAAAAAUGGGGAAACACUUCUGGUCUGUGGGUAAAGCGUGGGUGA